ACUCCUCCGUGAUUUAACGCGUACGUACGUUUCACUGAGGAGAGGAUCACUGAAGUGGUUCAAUAUAGGAGUCAGAGCGGAGGGAGACAUGUCUCUGCCUCACAGCCCGGACCCCAGCAGCAGCAGCAGCAGCAGCAGGAGGAGGAGGCCGGCGGACCUCACACCAGAUCCUUCGUGGGAUCAUGAUCUCCCGGCAGGUUACAAUCAUGAACAGAUCCACGACCAAGGUCAACCUCUUAUUUCAGCAGGCACUCCCCCCACACAUCACUCCAUUUGUCCACAACACCGAAUGUGCACCACAAAGUGCAUAUCUGCACACACAUGUGAUGACAGCUGGGAGGAGAUUCAAAGCAAGAGAACCAUCAGAGCGGAGAACGAAGUGGAAGCCAACAAACUGGUCAACAACUACAGGUUUGGUUUUCGGAAGUGGAAGAGCCAUGUGACAGAGCGUCCGUUUGAAGACAGGUCAGAGGUUGUGAAAGAGCUCUACUCCGAACUGAAUGUCAUCAAACCAUAUUCAGGUUCAGGUCAUUUUAUCACAUGUGGAAAUGUACUGUAUGUGUUUCUCUUUGGCUGGUGGGUCUCCCUGGCAUAUUUCCUGGUCAGCAUAUUGAUGUUCAUCACUGUCACUGGUGUACCAUAUGGGAGGCUUUGCUGGAAGUUGUCCUGUUACUUCAUGUGGCCGUUCGGCAAGUCAAUUCACGAGAUUGGAAAUACACUGAGGAGAUGUUGUGAGCAAGCACCAGACUGUGAGUGCAACACAGACGGGGUGGAGGAUAACUCACCUGUUCUGCUACCCUCAACCACAGAGGAGCCAGUCCCAGAGAUCCCGAGACGACCCCAUCGCACUCCCCUCUGGCGGUGUUUCUCCACCUACGUGUGGCUGCUGCUGGGAUACCCUCCUCUUGUGGUCGUCCACUCCCUGGCCUGCCUCUUCUCCUGGAUCCUAAUCUUCACCAUCCCUGUGUCAAAGAUGAAUGCACGGACUCUGGCCGUCAUUCUUCUUCUGCCUCCUGAGGAUGUUUCUGUUUCCUCUACCUCACAAAGACAGCAUCAAUGCUACGAGACCAGAGCACUUCUGUGCUGCUACCAUGCUACAAACUGGUACUACUACAAGUACACUGUCGAUGGGAUCAAUGUGUUCGCUGUCAACCUCCUCCCUCUAGUAAUUGUUGCUAUAGUAAUUGGAUACAUCGACAGACAAAAUGAUUACGCCAGCUCUGAUGUCAAGUUCGCCAUAGCGCUUUGCUCCAUGAUACCUCUGUCGUAUUACAUCGGUAUGGGCAUCGCCAGCAUCUCAGCUCAGAGUAACUUUGCUGUGGGUGCAGUGGUGAACGCCACCUUCGGCUCCAUCACAGAGUUGACCUUCUACAUCACCGCUCUGAUCAGAGGUCACCAGGCAGCCAACCCGUGUCUGCAGGAGGUCGUUAAAGCGGCGCUGACUGGGACGCUGCUCGGAUGCAUCCUCUUUAUUCCUGGCAUCUGCAUGAUAAUCGGUGGACUCAGACACAGUGAACAAAGAUUCAACAGUCGCUCUACAGGAGUGAGCUCUGCUUUGCUUUUCAUCUCUAUCGGAGGUGUAUUUGCCCCCACGUUGUUCUCCAAGGCUUAUGGGAACCUGGUGUGCGAAGGCUGCACCAACUCCAGUGGACAAAACGCCUCGAGCAACAGCAGCGGACCGUUUGUCUGCCACAACUGUCACUACGACCUGAACAACGGAACACUGUUCCACAACCACGUUGAACCGCUGGUGUUCACUGUGUCGACCCUCCUGCCUGUCGCCUACAUCAUCGGUCUGAUCUUCACGCUGAAGACUCACUCCCACAUUUACAACAUCCACGUGGGAGAAGGACAGAUGACCGGCCACCAUGGAGCAGUGGUCCACUGGUCUCGCUGGAGGUCUCUGAUCAUCCUCAUCAUGGCCACCGUGCUAACGUCUGCCUGUGCUGAUCUUGCUACCGAGCACAUCCAGCCGAUUUUAAACCAGCCCAACAUCUCUCAGUAUUUCAUCGGGGUGACAGUUCUCGCUAUGGUUCCAGAGAUCCCUGAGAUUGUUAACGGGGUCCAGUUUGCUCUCCAAAACAACAUCAGUCUCAGUUUGGAGGUGGGAAGCUGCAUUGCUGUGCAGGUUUGCAUGCUACAGAUUCCAAUACUGGUCUUUUUUAACGCUUUCUAUGACGUGGGCUUUGUGCUGUUAUUCAGUGACCUGCACCUGUGGGCCAGCAUGUUCAGUGUGAUCGUCGUCAACUACAUCUUCAUGGACGGAAAAUCUGAUUAUUUUCAGGGUGCAGCUCUGGUGGUUGUCUACCUUAUUCUUCUGGCUCUGUAUUACUUUGCUCCGUAUCCAGCUGAAUGCUGAGCGUGGAUCAUUGAUUUUCACCCAAAGUUGGACUUUUAAAGCCUGAAAGAAACUGAAAGUACAAAUUCAGCACCACUCCAUGUUGAUAUAUAUUUACUGAAUAUUUGGGACUUUUAAUACGUAUUUAGUUUUUUAAGGUUUACUCUGAGUUAGAUGAUAAUACUGAACAUUUUGAUGUGAGGAAGUUUCUUUUGUUACUGCUCAAACAUGUAACUCGUACUACUGUAAAGGUUUGUAAACAGACCUCUUAGUGAACUGUGGUAAAGGGCUUUUUUUUUUUUUUAAACGCAAAUGGAUAUCAUGAUGUAAAGAAUAUGCACUAAUGGUAUUUUAAGUUAAAUUUAAGUUACUGUUGUUAACUUUGUAUACUUUUUAACUCCAAAGUGUAAAUAUGGAAUAUGUAUUUUAAGAGUUAAUGAAUAAGCGAUAUAUUUUUACCCAUUAAUAUUAAUAUGGUUGAAAUUGCAGGACGUUCAACCAGCCACAUCUCUGCCAAAGUGGCAAUGAGUUCAAAGUGAUAAGUGAAUAAUACAGU